AAGAUGGCUGCUGCGUGGUUGCCAUGGCAGUCUCGGUUCGUCGCCGCUGCACGAGAUAAAUCAUUAGCUGCUGCGACAACGUAAACAGGAAGACGCAGUCGGCCGGAGAUGUCAUCGAGCGAAUAUUCAGAAGGCGACAGCCUAAGCCGCAGCGACGAGUCCCUGUCGGCAGAAGACGAUGGUGAGGAUAUCAUGUACCAGCUGUCCGUGUUCUGGCCCUACCCAAAGGGUCCUGACGCUUCGCUGAGAAAGGGCCCCAGCCUCGCAAACCUCUCAAAACGGACUGUGCUCUGCAAGGGCCCGAACCCACAGAACCGGCGCGGACCAGAUCCUUCACUGCACAAUGGGCCAGAUCCAAAGAACCACAGCGGCAUCAAGUGGCGCGCUGACUGCGCCGGCUGGAAGGGCCCCAAGGCAGACGCCAUGCUUUUGCUAGCGAAGCCCAAGAGGCGCCGCAGGAGGGGUGCCAAACACGUGGCCACGCCUUCCGCCGCGGGAGAGCGCACCGACGAGGAGGAGUCCGACAGUGGCCGCGCCAACUGCACACCGCCUGUCAGAGUGCACCGCAAGGAGUCUGAGGUGUGACUCACGCCUCAGCCGAAUGAUCAUUGCUGCCAUCUCUGCUGCUGCUGCCUGCACGCUGCUUCACCUUCACUGAUGCCACACCAGGAGCAUGCUAAGAGUUACGCCUGGCACAGUAGGAAAUACAGAGAAUUAAUGGUCACAUCAAUAGGGCGACAACAGCACCCUAAUCUGGUACCCGAGCAACGCUGCCAUUUGUACGUGAGAAUCAUUCGUAAGAAUGGGCACUGGCCAAUCGUGACUGCGAACGAGAUGGCAUACCGAAGGUGGUGGCCAAUGAAACAUUCCUUGUUAACGAAAACAGCUGGCAACCCGAGUGACCCUAGGUCCGCAAUAAAAAGAAAUAUAUGUUAGAAGAAUGUACUGAAAAGCUGUUUGUAAGAACGGGUGUGAGAAGCUUUGUAAUUAUGGUACCUGAAGUGAGACCCGCAAGUCUUGCAUCCAAAGUGUGGAGUGUGCUGGGGUUAUUUGACACUUGCCGCAAUUUCUCUCUCUCUCUCUUUCAUUCAUAAAUACUGUCAUUAGCGCAAAUGGCCAGCACCCAUUAGUUAAUUCCUACAAGCUGUUAGAUAAUAGCACUUAGUCCUAAGUACUCAAUUUGUUCGACUGACAGAUCAGUCUGAGCUCGACUCGGCCACAAUCGGGACUUCAACUACUUUUGAUUACUGCCAUAAGGUAGCGCAUGUUGAAGGUCAGAGGAGAAUGUUAAGUCGAUACUACCUAAAAAUAAGGAGAGAAGAUUCAUGCACAAGCCUGGCUUGCACUGUUAAUGUUGAGCCAGAGACUGCAGUAAACGUCACAAAAUGUUUUGCUUCACAACCAGGAAUUAUAAUUUUGCUGCCCUGCACUCCAAAAACUUUAGUGUACAGUUGCACAAAUUAUCUUAAAAAGGGGUAAAAGAACUAUAGAGAAGGCACUGUCGGACACAUGAAUGUUAACUCUAUAGGGGCAUUCACUAAAAUGCAAGAAAAGUUUUUAGCUUCUGGUUGUUUCAGAAUGCCAUAUGGGUAUGGUAAGAGGCCAUGACAGAGUGUGCUGGCGGUCCAUUCGUAGUAUGCAAGAGCAGUACUGCAAUGGCUGUAUUGGCUUUGUGGGCUUUCCUUUAACGGGGUACCCUGUGCCUGAAAACUUUUCUUUAAUUCUUUGUCGAUUUUGAUGAAACUUGCCUAGUUUAUGUAUUUCAAUGUGCUAGAUUUAAAUAUACACCCAGUUUACUUGCAGAGUAAAUAACUUUCCAGAAAUUGAAGAAAUUCAGCUUUAUUGCAUAAUUUGUUUGGAGGUUAGCUAUCUACCAAAGUAUACAUGGCAUAAUAAAUAUCGACGUACGAAAAGGAUGUAGAACUAACAAAGAGUGCAAAUAAGCAAAUAUGGUGUUCUAACCCAAUUUUAUGUCAAAUGAGAACAUUGCAAACUUCAGUUAGAGAAAUCCAUCUAACUGCUAAAAAAAAGAAACUUUUAAAAACUUUCUAAUCAAUGCAACAACGUUAUUUUGUUUCUUUGCACUCUACAUAGCUUUGCCUUUCUGGGAAAAAAAAAAGAAUUAUAGGGAUAGCACAAGUAUAAGCACAGAUAAUGCACCUCCGAUACGGCAUCAUCAUCAAACGUAUGGUUUUGAGAAAACAACAAAAACAUUUCUCAACUGAUAUAUAAAGUUUGAAAAAACGGCACCAGAGGCCAUCAGUGGGCACUAGUAGGCACUUAUUCAUGGAUGUUUGGCCUUUGCCGGUCGACGACAUAGCAUGCACUGCGAGUACGUUCAAUUCAAAAGGUUUACACGUUUUCGGGCUCUCAAUUCCCCGCGAGCUUCGUCCCGACGAAACUUCACCGCAGUUCUGGCAAAUCACAGUCACUUUAGUAGCGAGACCGUAUACCUGAUCGCUCUGCACCAGCUACGCAGAACCACCUCAAGUAUUACAUGAGAAAACACCGAGAAUAUUAAUUCAUUGCUGCAAAUCCGACGACAACGAACGGAGUAGCGGGCUUCGCGACCGAGGCUGUUGCACUAUCGGCGGUCGGAUCAACAAAACGCCGAAUCUAUCGCUCCGCGGCCAUCGUAGAUGCAAUCUUGUCGAGCGUAGCUUUCUCGUGUGCUCUUAUCUUAUCCACAUCCUCUUCAGUUACGACAGCCGUGUUCAAUUCUUACGCGAGUGUAACCGGCGUGUGGAUAUGCGUGAUGCGGCAAAGCAGUGGGGCGUCGACGUUCGGCGGCGAGCUGCCAGGUAUCCUGUGCCGACCUCGGCGACGGAAUCGCUUUCGGAAAUAUCUUGCGUCUUGUACGUAUUCGCCCGUAACGAUUCACGGAACGAAGCUUUGUCGGACCUCCAGCAUACUCAGCGUCGCAGUCGCGAGACUACGACAAAAUGGCGGCUGUUUUCGUCGUUUGAGCGAGCGCCCGUGGUCCUUGGAGCCAAUCGCGACUCGCCAUCUUGGUCACAUGCUCAAACUGACCGAUAAUUAUUCCUCCAUGCCGAUAAUAGCGUGCGCCGCGAUUUUUUUCUAUUGUUUUUAUUGUGAUCGCAGCACUGGCAAUGUUGCCUACCAACGAAUAAAGAAAGCCAGAAACGUGAGCUUUCGAAUGAUACCAAAAUGGCGCUGAAGAAAGCGUAGUGAUCGAGUUAUGCGCGAUGAAAAUCGGGCGCGAUUUGUCCCCAAAUUAAAGGGCAACGCUCGCGGAUUCGCAUCUUUGAAUCACAUUAACAGGAGAACCACGCGGCAUUUUGUAACCAAAUUUCGGAGAUAGGCGGGGAAACGCGUAAGGAACGCGGAAAAUAAAAAUUGAAAAUUCGAAUUUUGGGCCGAUUUUCGGUCCCUAGAACCCGGGUCCACCCUUAUCUAAAGAAAGAAAAUUCACCAAUGAUUACGGUACUUCCUAAUGUGAAUUUCAAGCACAGCUGUUUAUGUGCUUUGAAUUCGCGAAGAAUUUGAUUCUGAAUGACAAAGUCCUCUCAGUGGCGGCGCUAAGCCUCUGCUCUGGCAGCUCGUUCAGUAGCAGCAAGAUGAAGCAUUUCCACCGGUUGCGUCACUCAUUGUUUAAGAAAGAAAGUGUGAACACGGGAAUGCGUCGCUCGCGUGGAGCGCAUUCUCUGGCAGCGGCGGCAAAGGCAAAGUAGUGCUUGCGCCUGCGCUUCGAAGCGAAGCCAAGCCUGCGCUUCGUUUCCAUGUAUGGUAUCUGUGGACACACUUGCCGCAUGCCUGGUCGACGCUGUAGGGCACAUCUUGUGCGGCACUCCGCUUUCCUCCUCACCCUUUCACCAUACUCUCCUCCUCUGCCUUCCUCCUCAAGCUCUCUUUGCUAUUGCCGUCUUUCAUCCCCCGCUGCGCUCCGCGUUCUCUUUCAUCCUUCGCUGUGCUCGUUCGCUCGGUUACGCUGCGGGACGCUCACGCUCAACGCAGGAAUGGGCACCUAAGAGCUGCGCUCUAAAAAGCACUAUGCAAAAUAUAGCAUGCUGUAAACAAACCAAACUGAGGUUUUGAAAUGUGCAGUAAGGGAUUGUUCACAUAGUGGUAUUGUAUUUAAUUCAAAUGUUAAUUAGUCAUUACUGCUGGCAGCUUUUUCUAGAUGGCUGAUAACAAUACAAAGUUUGUUUCACCCUUAUAAAGGGUUUGUCAAGGUGACAAAGCACGCAAGGAGCGAGAGGUCGAACUCGGUGCAGCAGUCAGAACCAGCCCCAUGCUUAAAGCGCUGGUGAUGCAUCUGACUGACCAGCACUUCUUCAUGACAGCCUUUCUUUUUUCUUAACUUUGUGCAUGUUUAGCUAGGCCACUCAACAUAAUUGCAGCCAUAAGUGCAUAACAAAGAAGUGAAGGCACCUAAGAGAGGGAGAGUGAGAGAGAGAGAUACACAGUCGAGCAAUUAUCGGCAGCUGUGAGCAAUUUCAGUUAAACUUGCACCAUUAGUUUUGUACUACAUACGUGUUUGUCAUAAACGACACUAUUUGGUGCAAGUUCCAGGAAUUCUGUAUGUAUACUAUACAGUUAUCACUUUCACAGGGCACCCUGGCGGACUGACUCAUUCAAAAGAGAGAGCCUUGCCAUCAGCAGCAAAUUGUAUAAGAGUCAAAGUGUGGACACAAUGCAGUGUGUGCUUUUUAGUAGACUACCCCAUUGUUACUUGUUCUGUGAAUUAGCUACUGUUGUGCUGGACAAGAUGCGGCUGACAUGCACAUUCAUAUUUACUUAGUCCUUUGCUGUGGCCCUUGAGUUGGUAGUACUCAGAACCACAGAUGGUGCACUGUAUCAACACUGUGAGUUGUGGCAAUGGCUAUGAUGCAAGUGCAUCCAUACUGCAAGGAAGAGCAAAAGCAACAUAAGCAAAGAGAAAUAAAUUGCAAACCAGCUCUCAGUGUGCUUCGCCAAGGCUGCAUGUCAUAUAUAGACACAAAGGACAUGGCAGGCUGUAUAAAUCAGCUUUCUUGUUUCACAUAACCUAAAUUGUUGUAUAAAUUGAAUGCAAGGUUAAAGCAGUGUUAUGCAGGCAAAAUGUUCUUGCAUUUAUCCUAUCUUUCUAUCCAUGUUAAUUCAUACUUAAUAUGAAGUAAAUAAUCUCUAUUUCAGCAUUUUCAACUUACGUGCAACAUCCUGUGAGAACAAAGAUUACAGUUAUCUGGCCAGAUUUCAGAUUUUUACCGCACUACAUUGCGAGAUCUUGAUUCUACUAACGUUAAAAAUUGACUUGUACUAGAUUUGCCUUUUGAGUAUUACAUGUCUCGCUUGUUAAAGAAUACAUAUACUAACACGAUCAAGCAUGGAAAACUGUACAGUUUUUAACUUAUUGUCCUAGCUUUUUUAUUGACCUUGCUACUUAUAUCGUGAAAAUUGCAAACAGUGAAUUUUACAUGCAGACCAACAUCUACCAUUCAUUGUACAAGACUAUUUUCAUUCCGAUUUCCAACCUAUUACUGCUGGAUUGCAGCAUUCUUGUUCCUACAGUAAUAUGUGUAAUGAAAAAUAUGAUAUGCAAACCAUAAUUAGUUAACCAGCAUGCCCGACAGUCCUUCUGCUAGUCAGCAUAUCUUCUCAGAUCACUGCAAAGACUUGACAGCAGUUCAUAUUUAUCAACAGGAUGCCCUACUACACUUGUACUGAUACUGCAACACUUGUAAACAGUACAAUGUUCAAUCAUUGCAAAGCAUAUAGGCAGGUCAUAUUAGUGCAAGUUUUUCAAGGUAACAAUAAGCAUAUAAAUACAAUUUGACCAGGCUCUGUGUUCAAGUUUACAAAAAGGCAAGCUCUUGCGACCAAGUUACUGUUAUACGGCUUCACAUACUGCAGCACAUUAUACAGUACUUUGUUUCCAAGCCACCACAUUAGGGUGCCAUUUCAUCAUUCCUUUCUUAGCUCCUUGAAUCACCACUUAAGUUUUCCAGCAAAUAUGUGAUAGUAGCAUUUUUACUGCUGCUUUGACAGUUGCUUCAAUGUAAUGUCAUUGUUUGAAGGACAGCAAAUUGAAAAAUGCAUCAUCUUACAUUUUUUUGAGGUCUGUGAUUUCUCUUUUCCUAUCAUUCUAAAGGGUUACAUCUAUUAUUACUAUAGGUAUCCCAGAGCUUAUUUUCCUAAAUAUUUACCCACUUCCUGCCACUAAAAUGGAAAAAGUCUUGAUACAGUGCUUAAAUAUUCACACACACAUGUAAAACUUUUUAUUUUCCUCUGUUAAUGGUGAUUUACUUAACAUGUUAACUUGCUUCUCAGUUUCUCGACUGCUGCAUUCUUUAUAACGAAGUAGUCAGCUUUAGUUAAAAAUGUAUGCUUACUGGCAUAGCUGCACAUAAAUGUUGUGCAUAUAGAAUUGAAAAAUUGCAAAUUUUCUUCAAGAAUUGACACACUCCUUUUUGGUCACAAUUAAUUGCCAACAUGAUAAGUUUGAGGUAGCCUCACAAAUGCAAAGUAGGGGUCAAAUGUUUUUUAGGUGGUAAAAAAUGGUUAAGCUGCAUUAGUUUGCAAGUACAAGUUGCCUAAACAGUGAAGGUUGGACGGUUGGACUGUGUGCCGCUAUUUGGCAGUACCAAAGAAAUCUUGGAACACUCAGGAACACACUGAAAUGGUGGUGCCUUACACGGAAUAUAUUCCUUAAAAAAUGUUAAAGGACCCAAUAUGAAUAGAAAAGUAAGGGCAAUAUUUAUGUCCUCCUUUAACUCAUCUAUUCUCCCUCAGCGAGGGUGAUGCUAAUGGUUAUGUCCCACCAAAUGUGCUAUGCCACCUGGCUUCAUCUUUAUUAUUACUUUCUUUCCUUGACGUGCUGAUGGCACUAUCUACUUCCAGUAAGUGGCACCAGCCAUAACCAUAAGAACAAUUUUCACUGGAUUCGUGAAUCUCUGUUACAAUGGGGUAUGGCAGCCACCAAAAUCGAAAAAUCGGAGGUCCCACCAGGGAUACUUCAUUGGAAGCUGGCAAGUACCCUUCAAGAUAAGUAUCUGACAAAACUGCCCGAGAGUGGCUAUGGGACAGCUGGAACACGUCAACCACCACUUCCUCACCAGCCUGAUUCCUUGCAGACCUAGAAGGGCAUGAGUGCUUAAUUCAAGGUAAAAACUGACAAGGUGCGAUCGUGGUGAUACUGGCACAUGUGCCUGAAAUUUAAGGUUUCGGCGAGCUUGAGCUGAUGACAGCCAUGUUCUUCAGGAAGUAUGUCACUCUUAACGGGACACUAAAGCCAAAUACUAAGUCGACGUGCACUGUUUAAAUACUACCUUUCCAAAAACCUCACAAGGCUUGUUUCGUGCCAAGAAAAGACUUAGUUUACCAGAAAAUUGUAUCUGAAGGGUCUGAAUACCUUCUUCGAAAUUCAAAUCUCCCGCCACCUUACCAUGGAGUGGUGACGUUGCAUACACCAUCACCGCUCUUUGCUGCCAUCGGUGAGUAAAACGGCACCCGACAGAUGGCGGCACCGAGCCAAGACAGAGUGGUAAAUUCGCUGCUGCAACUGCUUUUUGGUCAAGUGGCAUAGACCGUUCGGGCAUCCCACGACAUCACAUGGAAGUUGAAUUCUCUGCUACUUGUAGCUUGAGCGAGUUUCGCGAGCUAGCACAACCGGCACAGCACUACGUGAUCAGGAAUGUACUGAAACGCCAAAGUGUGGGCGGAGCAGAGACGAGUGAAAACGAAACCUUUCGACUGCCCGCGUCGUUGUCAAUGGUAAUUUCAAUGAGCUCUUUUUUCUAAAGAUGAAAUAGAACUGGACAAGUAGCAUUUCAUUUCAUGUUAUAAUACAAUACGAGGAUGUUUUCUCCAACGAGUAGUUGAGUACCAGUUACAGAAUUUAACUGAGGAGUGCGUUCGUCAUCGGGCAAGUGCUUGAAUGUCCCUGCGGAGUCUCUAAUCAUGUCCUGCAAUUGCCUCGAUUUCUCGAUUAUUAAGGCUCUAUUCGCAUUAAUAUUGACGCCUUAGAGAUUGUCAAGCACUAAUCUAUCACUUUAGCUUGACUUAGUAUUUGCCUUUAGUGUCCCUUAACAGAAGUUGUGGGUGUCGCUUCAGCCUGUUUUGUUGAACAAUAUAAGAAGUAAGGGCAUGAAGAAGUGCAUUUCACUAAGAAAUUAUAAACAGCCAUGCAAACUCCAUGCUUGUAUAUCUCAACAAUCAGCCAAUGACUGCCAUCUUUGGGCUGCUGCUGCUGUGUAAGAGUUGAAAACCAGCUGGCAGCUCCACCAAAAUGGGUGACAAAUAGCCCCUGCUCAAAAACAGGGGGAGCUAUCUUUGUGUUCCACUUGUGAGCUCCAUGUGCCACGCACGUUUAUAAAAAUUGGCCAAAAUAUUCACAGCUCUGCCUGCAGAACAGAUUGCAUUCACCAAACUCAAAGGGUGCUGCAAGGCCCGCCUUAUUUUUGCAAGUUGUAGAAUUAAAUGUUGUAUAUAUAACAAAUUGUUUUUUUUUUCUUAUAUUUACAAAACUCAACUUCUUGAGGUGGCUCCAAAAAGUGUCUCAGUUUCACUGGCAGCACAUGGCCAAACACCUUUCUUAAUUUAGUCUAGUUUAUCAACAAGAAAAAUACAAUUUGCAAUAGCACUGCUGCUGUGAUGGACCGCAGCAUCAUGCUCACUUACAUUCCUGUCCACUCCAUUCUUAACCAAUAGGACACUGUCUACCAGCCUGCGUGUGUGACCACAUAUUGUUAAGGCCAUGUACUUUGUUUUACCAACACUAGCAAGUAGCAUUGAAACCUCAUGCAAACUCUGCAAACUCAGAGUGGUGAACUUCAUUACCUAAAUUCAUGGUUGCAUGGCAUAUUAUCUUAUGGUGCAAAUAUGAAAAUUGAACUUGAAAUUGUUACAUAGUGCAAUUACAUAGUACAUAGUGUGCUUAGUGCAAAAAAUAAACAUAAAUGACCGUGGUUUUGUUGCAACAGACAAAAGGAUAUAACUAACAAAGAAGCCACACACGCACACCUAACAGUUAAGUAUGCAAAAAAAAGGGCGUGCCCUAAACUAAAUAGUAUGCAAUUUCACACAGAAAAUCGAAUAGGGAAAUAACCAUUUAUCACGAGUCAAAGCAUCCUGGCUGAAAUCUUAGAGAAAGCAGCUAUUUCAAAUAAAUACACAUCUGUGUUACCAGCUAUAUAUAUAUAAAGGCAAACAUAUAAACUCACUAUUGUCUCAAUUUGACAAGAAGCAAGAAUAAAAUAAAGGAAAACCAGAUAAAAGAUUACACAUAUGGCUGAGCAACACAGUAUAGGGUAAGUGGGUGCAGUUUUUUUUGGAAGGGCAGGGGGUCAUGCAUGAUAUCUAAACACAGUAGCAGUGCCACCCUAGUUUCUCGUCUCAAUGAUGAGCCAUGCCUAAUUAGCUUGCUGCCAGCUUUAGUGAUGCUUGGGUUGGGUGGCAAGCUUGCCAUGCUAUUAUGCAUUAGAGCACUCAGGUUUAACUUUUCUUAUUACUAUUGUUAUCUUGUGUACGGUCCCACUGGAAAGACUUAAUUUUGAGCAGAUAUCAUGACUUUCGCUAUGCUUUAUUGGGAAGCACAAAGCAACCACCAGCAGGGAUAUUUUGAACAACCCUAUUGGUGCACCUGUUGUCAAGUGCACUAAAGUGCUGUUUGCAGAUUGUAUUAGCACAGGUACAAAAAAAAAAAAACUGAAUGCGGUGUUACUUUAAGGGCACACCAGUCAGCACUUCUAGCUACUCAAUGGAAGCUAUCCUGUGUUACUGUUUCCAAAGCAGGCCUAUUUUCUCUUGCCUUCACCUGACUAGCCUCCACAUUACAUUGUGGAGGUGCAAGGAUGCAUGGGGACCCUACACCAUGGAGGUGCUCCUAUGUUUUGUCUUUCUACACUGCAAAUCCACACUCCCAACCACCAUAUCUCCAUGUACCAGCUCCCAUGAAGUUUCUUGCAACCAAAAAUGGAAGUGCUUCCACAGUAACUGUCAAGCUGAGUGUUUCAGUAUAUUACGUGGGCGAAAAUGUCAAAUGUAUGAAUAUUUUUGAGGCCCCUUUAAUGCUAAUAUGUGCUUCCACAGUCGGUAAGAAGAUAUCCAGCAGCUUGUACAGAAGUUAUUUCAUCAACAUUUCGGUCCUUUACUUGUUAACCUUUUAUCAGAAAAGUAAAUGAUAAAACCACACUUGGUGUAAACCAAGGAGUUGACUCUUUUGCUGCUACAACUACCAAAAUAUAGCAUUCUCUCUCAGGCCUUUAGAGGGCAUAUACCAUGCCAACAAUACCUUGUGCCACAUAAAUAAGUGCAGGACCCUGUCAGGAAAUGUGCCCAGUCUUAAAUAUACAGAGUUUGCAUAGUUUUCAAGCCUCACAUACAGAUGCUUUAUGCGUUUAUGAAUGCACAAAUACUAUAUUAUGGCACAGAGAUCCCACUAUGUGUUUACAGUAAAAAUUGCGGAGCUCUGCAAGACUGUAGCUGAGCGAAUGGCUACCUUUACCAAUACACAGUCUUAAAGCUUUCACAGAGAGGCAUAUCAUGAAGCUAUUAGUUAGGCCUGCAAAAAAGAGCAGCAAUUGUAUGAUGUCCAAACCAGCAUAAGGGCCGUCCAUUUCCAUGUUGCCACUAGCAUGCACACAGACAUGUGCAUGUUAAUCAUAGCAGACUGGGAGAAGAGAAAUGAAGCGUGACACUUUAUCUACAACCAUGUGUUAGCUACCUUGUUCCUAUACAUGGCCUGUUCCAACAUUUGGUGACCAACAUACACUAGUUUCUGCUAGCAUUAAUUAUGCCAAAAGAUGUCUAGCACAAAAAAUUAACUGACAACAGUAGGUGCUGUUAGCUUUACCCUUUAGUAGCAAUACCAGAUUAAGAGGCUAACAGUGUAUUUACCAUUGUAAAAGUAAUUUCAUUAUAACCGACUGUUGCGAAGUGCAUGACAUAUUUUAAUUACAGUAUGUACAGCAUAAGCAUCAUUUAAAGCUCUAAUAAGACAAGUGAAGCAGAUACAUUGUACUUACCCACAACAAAGCGACAUAAAACUCAUCAUAGGCUUAAAGCCAAGCACAAAUUUCAAAGCUCACUGCAUUCCAUUGUAGCUACAGCGUUCAGGGGCAUCAGCAAUGGAAACCCUACAUUCACUUUGUACAAAUGUUAGGCAGGUGCGGCAUGUACCUUGAAUUGUUUGUUGGUUUGCUGAUGCUUGUGUGUACCAUUUUAUGCUGCCUGCAGAUGUGCUACAUGUUGAUUUAUCUACUGUAUAAAAUUGCUGUCACAUGUUGAUUCUGCAACGAAGAUGUUGGUCAAUUAAACUCUUAUGUGGACAGGGGCACUGUAACAUUCUGUAUAGGAAGAUAAUCUAUUCAAGGUCACUUUCUCAACUAUUGUCUGGUAGACCAUGAAAGAAGAACAGGAAAAAAAAAACUGCCAUGAUGGCUCAGUGGCUAUGGUAAUUUGCUGCUUUACACAAGGCUGUGGGUUCAAUUCCCAGGCUUGUUUGAAGCAUUUUGAUGGAGGCAUAACAAAAAUUCCUGUGUACUAAGUUUUUGGUGCCCGAUAAAGAAAGCCCUCACAUGGUAGAAAUUAAUUUGCAGCCCUCCAAUUAGUGCUUGGAAGCAUAACUUUUGGAGGCUAAAACCAAUAAACUCUGGAUUACACUAAGUGAAAGACAGAUUAUAAAAUGUGCUAAAGUGUUAAUAUCUUGCAUGGUUACAUUAAACUCACCAAACAUGCUUCCUAUUUUUGUUCCAGUGUCAUGCAAUGCUUAAACAAGUAACAUGCUUGAAAUGUUUGGGGACCUUCAUGUGUCUGUGGUACAAACAUAAAAAUGCCUGUGUACUAAGUACUAAAUGUGUUCUAAGACUGUCUAAAGAAAAGAGUAGCUAUUAUGACCAGUCAAAAGUUUGUGGCUGCUACUUUAUG